AUGCAGAGGGAAGAAGAUCGACGUUUUUGGACGCAGCUACUCCUCGCUGUCACGCUGCUCGCGGUGUGGGCGUUCCUCGCCAUACAGCUCGCGCUCCGCAUUCCAGAAAUGCGUGCUGCAGCAGCAGCAACGGCAGCAACAACUGGAGCGGCCGUUCCCCCCACAACUGCGCAAACGGCGCUCCAGCAAAGAAACACUCGCGGCAUCACACCCGCCGUUGCCGCUGGCUUUCCAUCUGACGCUUCGCUGAAUCCGGAAGGCGCUGCUGCAGCGGGCACCACAGAGGCUGCAGGGGAAAGCACAAGCUCGUCAGACGCUGCUGCCGCUGCUGCUGCAGUGUCAAGCGUCGCUGAAGCAGGAGGGGGUGCGCCGACUUCGUCGGAUGCUGCAGCCGAUGACACAGAAAAGGCGGAUCGUGGAGAGACUUCUCGCGCAGAUGCAGAAGAGCAGUUAGAGGCUGACGGCGAUUCACCAACAUCGCCUCUAAGGGGGGGAGACGAACACGAAGUUGCGCUCGGUCGGCUAGCACGAAUGCCUAGGUGUGCUGCUGCUGCUGCUGCUGCUGCUAGAGAGUGCCUUUUUUCAAGGUUGCAGAAUUAG